UAUUUUGGUGCUAAAUUCAUAAGUACAGUAAUUACAACAUAACAUUACUGCGUAUUGAACUACUUUUUCUGUCAAAUUUGUUGUAUAACAUGAUGUUUUGGAGAUUAAUUUGUAAAAUCAUAACAUAAUUUGAUGUUUAAUAGGCUUCUCCUUAAUCCCUCCUCAUUAUCCAAGAUAGUCGCUUAUCCAAGCUUCUGCCGGCCUGUUUAGCUUGGAUAAGUGAGACUCUACUGUACCAUUAUUUCUAUAUACAACUAGUAUGUACAUUUACCAAUCCUGCAUGCUAUGGUGUUUUGUUUGUCAGGCGCUGGGCAUGCUUCCACACAAAAGCUUUGCUAGGUCUUACUUUCCGGGGAGGCCUUAUAUUUAGCAAUUCAGCAAAACCUCUACUAGGUCUUAUUUUUGGGGAUGUCUUAUUUUCAGGGAAACAGGGUAAAAGUAAGGAGUGUAACCACUGUAGUAUACAUAUGCUUCUGCAGUUUCCGCCUCAUAAUACUUGUUCUGUUGGGUGUUUUUGGCUCAUUAUCGGCAAAGAGCAACUGUCUGAGCUAAACAAACAACUCACAGAUAAGUUGACUUCCAGGUUGCUAGCUCCAAGGCUAAAUCUUUAUGUGCUGCUGUGCCACCGGGCUGCCUUUCUUGGGCUGUAAAUGGAGUGUGUCUGUGUACACACUCCUUGGCAGUGACCCUGCUGCCGUAUCCUGAAACACGAUUACACGCCUGAAGCCUUGGUGCCUUGGUACCGGCUGGGUUAAUGACUUUGUUUAUACUGAUAAGGGCAAUUGAGAUAAAAGUAGUCCUCUGGGUCUCCUGGCCCCGGCUGGCACCUUCAUUGAGAAAACCUUUCUCCGGGCCACGUGAAGUCUCCGCUGCUUCUCCCCAGCCAAUCCCUUCAGGGUUAACUUGUUUUUCAAUGAGCGGGUGGCCGCUUGUCACAGGGAGGUCAAGGCUGCGAGUGGGGGUGGUUUCCAAUCAUCCUUUCAGGGGCCUUAUAAGUGGAGCUGGGAAACGGGAGAGGCUGUGAAGUGACCGAAAGGUGUUGUGGAACGAGACUUUUUUGGAUAGUUCUGCUCCAGCCUGGCCAUGGAGUGCGAGAAGUGUCCGUGGCACCACGAGGAGAACCAGAACGCCAUCCUCUACACCCUCCUGAGCCAGAACUUGAGCCCCAACAGGAGCGGCGUUGGCUUCUCCCAGCAGAGCUGCAUGUGCCACAAGCGGCGCAUGGUCUGCCUCCGCACCCCGCAGGUCACCUGCCAGGCGGCCUCGGACGUCUUGGUGAAGACCAUCAGCUUCAUGAAGAACCUGCCGUCCUUCCAGCUCCUGCCCUGGGAAGACCAGCUCCUGCUGCUGGACAGCUGCUGGGCGCCGCUCUUCCUCCUGGGCCUGGUCCAGGAGACGGUGACCUUUGAGGUGACGGAGACCCCCGCCCCCAGCAUGCUGGAGAGGAUCCUCCUGGACGGGCCCCGCAAGAGGCCGGAGCCCCCGAGGGCACGGCCCACCCUGGCCAGCGUGCAGCGGCUCCAGUGCUGCUUGAACUCUUUCUACAGCUUGGACCUGAGCCCCAAAGAGUAUGCCUACCUGAAAGGGGCCAUCCUUUUCAACCCAGACAUUCCCGGUCUCAAAGCCUCCUCCUACAUCGAGAGCCUCCAGAAAGAAGCCCAGAGAGCACUCCAAGAGGUCUUGGCGCUUCUUCACCUGGAAGACCAAGGCCGCUUUGCCCGCGUCUUGCUGAUCUCCUCCUCCUUGAAGUCCAUCCCGCCUUCUCUCCUGACCGACCUUUUCUUCCAGCCCAUCAUCGGCAACGUGGACAUCCUCGAACUGCUCUCGGAUAUGCUGCUCGUGAAAUAGUUCCUUUGGCAUCACUUCAUCAACCUAUGACUCUUUGCUGAACUCAAGAAGAUGUGGACUAUGCCAUGGAUUAGAGCAUCCUAAUACCUACUGACUUGGGCGAUCCCUCGUUGUCCGAGUAUCAUGGCCUUGCAAGUGGACGCGUAGGUGACCGUGGAGACCGAUUCUUGACCCGCAUAUUCUUCCAUCCGUUUCCAGGUGGAAUGCGGUCCUGUUGAGUUGGUGUGACAUGCCUUUGCCUUGGCACAUUUCUCCCUUUCGCCCUCCAUUCAUGCCUCUUCAAAUUCCACAGCACUGCUGGUCACAGCUGAUCUCCAAUUAUAGAACACUCAAUGGCCAGGGCUUCCCAGUUCUCGGUGUCUAUGCCAACAUUUUUAGGCUAACUUUAAGCCAAUCUUGAAGUCUCUUUCCAUUGAGUUGAGAGUAGAGUAACUGCUUCGGGAGACAAUGAUCGGGCAUUCGGACAAUGUGGCCUUCAGCUUAAGCGGCUGAGCGGAGAAGGGAAAGGGCCAAGGCUGUUAGGAAUGGUGGGAGUUGGAGUCCAAAGGCCCAAGUUUGCCCAUGCCUGGUGUAGACACACCCAAACCAACCGUUGAUUCACACAACGGCUGCACACACAGAGUUAACACAUAUCUUUGCACAGACCCUAGAUGUUGGUAUUUUGCGUGUACUACUGUGCCUCUUUGUGAUUUGUAUGUAACACAAAUGUGCUAAUUUAUUGUUUUUUUUAAAAGUAAACAAAUAAAAAACGUUUUGAAAUACAA